AUACUUUUGUAGGGUUGAUCAACCUCUUCUUCCCACUUCUAAGCUUCUUUCAAUAUUCCUGCAAAGAUCUCAUGCUAGCUGGGUAGGGAUUAGCAACUCAUGAUCAGUAAUCAUCAUUAUGGAGAUCAUGAUUCUGUAGUAUCAUACGUAUUCUCUCCUUUUCAUUGUGGAAAGCAUAUAGUUAGGUGGUGAGAAUCUGUGAGAUAGAGAUCAAAUAGAUUCACCAAAUGUCCGGCUUAGAACCAGGUCCUGAUCGCUAUGCCCGGCAGCUCCCGGUGCCGGAGCUCCAGCUGCAAAGAUCAGCACAGCCCCAACUCGCAGAUUCAGAAAAGUCUUCAGAGAGAGAGUUAAGAACACCUGCUGCCCCCACUACAACUUCAGGAGCAACCUCGUCCACUACUCGCAGGCCUCGUGGACGUCCUCCAGGUUCGAAGAACAAGCCCAAGCCACCGAUAAUCAUAACCAGGGAUAGCCCAAAUGACCUAAGAUCCCGUGUACUAGAAGUCUCUGCCGGUUCAGACAUAGUUGAGUCGGUGUCAAGCUACGCCCGGCGCCGCGGCUGCGGAGUUUGCGUUCUUAGUGCCAACGGGGCCGUAACCAAUGUUACCUUGCGCCAGCGAUCGGCAACCCCAUCUGGGAGUGUAGUAACGUUACAUGGGCGGUUAGAGAUUCUGUCUCUGACGGGGGCAGCUCUACCGCCACCAGCUCCUCUGGGAGCAGGUGGCUUGACGAUAUUUUUGGCAGGCGGGCGGGGACAGGUGGUAGGAGGGAGUGUGGUGUCGCCAUUGACGGCUUCAGGUCCUGUUCUGUUGAUGGUUGCUUCAUUUGCGAACGCGUUAUAUGAAAGGUUGCCAUUGGAGGAGGAAGAGUCGCCAGUUCCGCUGCAGGUACAGCCGGCAAACUCACAAUCUUCAGGAGUGACCGGUAUUGGGGGGAGCGGCAGCAGUGGUGGAGGUGGUGGUGGUACUGUUCCUUUUUACAACUUGGGUAUGAGCUCGGGAAAUUAUACUUUCCAUAAUGAUCGUGCGUUUGGUUGGGGUGGCAAUUAAUGCAGCUAGCAAGACCUCCAUUCGAGUGAUCUUAAGGUUCUUCUUGUCAGACAAGGUGGAGAGGUAACGAGAAGCAGAUGAAGAUCAUAAGAUCAUCAUGGUGUGCUACUGACACAAUUUUCUGGCCGGGAAAAAAGAAGUGCUGGCUAGGAUGAAAAUGAUUUGAUGUUUCAUCAUGAGUGGGAAAGAAAUGUUUCCGGGGCAUGAUUUGUGGUACAUAUAGGAGUCCGUGAGUACUUUCAUCAGGUAGAUGAAUGAAAGCAUGAUGAUCAGUUGUCAGCUGGAUGGGAAGCAACCCUGAUCAGUCAUGGCAUUGUUUUCUUUCCUUCUUUUCAUGAAUUGUUCGAGAUUUCUCCUUUCUUUCUUUCUUUCUGUCUUCUUCCCCAUGUUUUAUCAAAUUUUUACCUUUUUCCAAUUCAUAUAUGUAUCUCUGAUCCUGAUC